CUCAGGACUCGCACGCCAGCCCUUGCUAGUCUGGGUUGGGGCGGCUUUUGGAGGAAGCCGGAAGCAGCGACGGCCUCAGCUCCGGAGACAUGGCGGGCGUUAAAGCUCUCGUGGCACUGUCCUUCAGCGGGGCUAUUGGACUGACUUUUCUUAUGCUGGGAUGUGCCUUGGAGGACUAUGGCGUUUACUGGCCUCUGUUCGUCUUGAUUUUCUACGUCAUCUCGCCCAUCCCCUACUUCAUUGCCAAGCGAGUCACAUAUGACUCCGAUGCGACCAGCAGUGCCUGUCGGGAGCUGGCGUAUUUCUUCACGACUGGGAUUGUUGUUUCUGCUUUUGGAUUUCCUGUUAUUCUUGCUCGCGUGUCUGUGAUCAAGUGGGGAGCCUGUGGCCUUGUGCUGGCUGGCAAUGCUGUCAUUUUCCUCACAAUUCAAGGCUUUUUCCUCGUCUUCGGAAGAGGAGAUGAUUUCAGUUGGGAACAGUGGUAGCACUUUAUUCUGAUGGAAAGCAUUGAGUCUCUUAGUAUUUGUACUGUACGUAUACGUGUGCACAUGUGGUGUUUUCUUACGGAUUUUAAUACGCUGAGUUUUUUAUACCUUUAUGUCAUGAUCAUCCUAGGGAAGAUGCUGUAAACGAAAGAUGAGGUUUAUUUGUAGCAAACAGAUCACUCCAUCGACUCCGAUUUUUCUCGGGAUGUGCUGGGGCAGAUGUGUUAAAGCCCAGGAGAACUGGCAUUCUCGUAUACACUGUAGGCUAAUCUCGAAGUCUCAUCCACACAGAGCAUCAACAUCUGCCAGGAGCUUAUCGGGGAUGAGGGAUCUGAAGCCCACAUUAGACCAGGUGCAUUUGAUGGGACUCCACCUUGUCACAUGCAUGUUGUCCCAGAGGAGUAAGCAUCAUAUCCAGCUCCCCGUCUUCUCCUUGACACAACUAUGUCAUCUCUGGGGGUUUCAUGCUCAUUUGCAAAAAAAAAAAAAAAAAAAAAAAAAAAAAAAAAAAUCCUGCCCCUUGUUAACAAGUUCAGACUCUUGGUGUUUCUAAAAUGUCUAAACCUAUAAUAUCUGUGAUGUUCCUCAAAUUUUGGGGGACCUGGGUAGGGUGUGGUGGCGUGCAUGCCUCUAAUCCCAGCACUCAGGAGGCAGAAGCAGGCGGAUCUCUGUGAAUUUGAGGUCAGCCUGGGCUACAAAAUGAAUUCCAGGACAGCCAAGGCUACACAGAGAAACCCUGUCUCAAAAAACAAACAAACAAAAGACAGAAAAUAAAAACAAAACCAAAAUCAAGCAACAACAAAACAUUGGGGGAAUCUCUUUUUAGGAGGGAACAAUCAGGUCCUCACAUCAUUUAAAGGGCAAUAGCUGUGUGCACAGAAUAAGUUACAAAAUAACCCAAAAGCCCCUCUGGGGUGCAGGGAGGGAAGCUGGACUGGAACCCGUUCCUGCUUUAAGUGGAGGAGAACACAGACAAUUCUUUGAAAUUUCCUUUUAAACUUUGUACUUCCCUGUCCCUUUCAGGUGUCUCCUGUCCCCACCCCCUUCACCAUUCCCACUUGUGCUUGCUGGCUCUGGUCUGUCCUGGAGGUGUGUGAGAGUCACGAGCAAGCAGAGGGUGAGAGCUUCUUUGGGUUUAUGUUGGUGCACUUUUUGUCCUUUGUGUCGAACUUGACUUCGCCUCCACAGGAAACACGGGGAUCCACUUCAAGUUGGAUCUUAUAAACCAUUUUUCUAGCCCAUCCUUUUUUUAUCUGCGACCUAUCGGGAGAAGGAAGCGAAAACAGCCACCUCCUGAGGACGCCAACAGCGGUCAGCGGAGCUGCAGCAUUAGUGUUGGUAGCUGGCGAGUGUCCAGAGCUCUAGACCCUUGUGGCUUGUGGUCUGAGGACUCAACACACCGUCUCCAGGUGGUGCGACACUCCGACCAGCAGACAGACAGACAGCGGACAGCGUGCAAUGUUACCUUCUGGCCUUGUGCAUGAUAUUACGUUUUCAAUAGUUUGUGCACUUAUAGAAUUGUUGUCAUUUCUAGUAUUUACAUUAGAAAAAUUAUUUAGAUACUUGAUCAUUUUAACCAGCAUUUUUAAUCAUGACACUUGCUAUUGUAAUAAAUUGGACUCUAAACACUGACGGAGAGUUGAAUUUCU